CUCCCGCAUCAGCACCAGCUCCGGCCUGGCCAGGCGGCAGCAUCAUAAUCCGGCCACGCCUUGCCUGGACCGCCUCCCCGCACAGCCGCCCGCCCUUUGCAGUCAGCUGAGAGCCCAGCCUCGCAGCAGCAGCAGCAGCCCGAAGCAAGGAGCGGGCGGGGUGGACAAGAGAGGCAUCAGACCGAGGGGGCUCUCUUCUCCCCACUCCAGAGGGGGGCAGCCGGCCAGCGCAGCAGCAGCAGCAGCAGCAGCAGCAGCAUGGCACCAGCCGGGCUCAAAGCGGUCGUCGGAGAAAAAAUUAUGGCUGAUGUGAUCAAGAAGGUGAAGAAGAAGGGAGAAUGGAAGGUCCUGGUGGUGGAUCAACUGAGCAUGCGUAUGCUCUCUUCCUGCUGCAAGAUGACUGACAUAAUGACCGAGGGGAUAACAAUUGUGGAAGACAUCAACAAGCGUCGAGAGCCUCUGCCCAGCCUGGAAGCGGUGUAUCUAAUCACUCCAUCAGAGAAGUCUGUCCACUCGCUUAUCGGUGACUUCAAGGAACCGCCUAAUGCCAAGUACCGGGCUGCUCAUGUGUUUUUCACGGACUCUUGCCCCGAUGCCCUGUUCAACGAGCUGGUGAAAUCCCGUGCGGCUAAAGUCAUCAAGACCCUCACGGAAAUCAACAUUGCUUUUCUGCCCUAUGAAUCACAGGUCUACUCUCUGGACUCUGGCGACUCCUUCCAGAGCUUCUACAGCCCGCACAAGGCCCAGAUGAAGAACCCGAUCCUGGAGCGUCUGGCGGAGCAGAUUGCCACCCUCUGUGCCACUCUGAAGGAGUACCCGGCCGUCCGAUACCGAGGAGAUUACAAAGAUAACGCCAUGCUGGCGCAGUUGAUCCAGGACAAACUCGACGCUUACAAGGCUGAUGACCCAACCAUGGGGGAGGGUCCGGACAAAGCACGCUCUCAGCUCGUCAUCCUGGACCGCGGCUUUGAUCCCAGCUCUCCGGUGCUGCAUGAGCUGACGUUCCAAGCCAUGAGCUACGAUCUGCUACCCAUUGAGAAUGACGUCUACAAGUACGACACAAGUGGUAUCGGGGACAGCCGUAUCAAGGAGGUUCUCCUGGACGAAGACGAUGACCUCUGGGUAACCCUGCGCCACAAGCACAUCGCUGAGGUCUCCCAGGAAGUCACCCGGUCUCUGAAGGACUUCUCUUCCAGCAAAAGGAUGAACACGGGCGAAAAGACAACCAUGAGGGACCUCUCCCAGAUGCUGAAGAAGAUGCCCCAGUAUCAGAAAGAACUCAGCAAGUACUCCACACACCUUCACCUGGCCGAAGACUGCAUGAAACACUACCAAGGCACCGUGGACAAGCUCUGCCGAGUUGAACAGGAUCUGGCUAUGGGGACCGACGCAGAGGGAGAGAAAAUCAAGGACCCGAUGCGUGCCAUUGUCCCAAUCCUCCUUGAUGCAAAUGUCACCACCUACGACAAGAUUCGCAUCAUCCUGCUCUAUAUCUUCCUCAAGAACGGUAUCACUGAGGAAAACCUGAACAAGCUGAUUCAGCAUGCCCAGAUCCCACCUGAGGACAGUGAGAUCAUCACCAAUAUGGCGCACCUUGGAAUACCCAUCGUCACGGACUCGACUUUGCGCCGCAGAAGCAAGCCCGAACGGAAGGAGCGCAUCAGCGAACAGACUUACCAGCUCUCCCGAUGGACUCCGGUGGUGAAGGACAUCAUGGAGGAUGCUAUUGAGGAUAAACUGGACACGAAACACUACCCUUACAUCUCCACCCGAUCCUCAGCCUCUUUCAGCACUACAGCGGUCAGUGCCCGCUACGGCCACUGGCACAAGAACAAGGCUCCUGGGGAGUACAGGAGCGGCCCCCGCCUCAUCAUUUUCAUCCUGGGGGGCGUGGGCCUGAGUGAGAUGCGCUGUGCUUACGAGGUGACGCAAGCCAGUGGGAAGUGGGAGGUGCUAAUAGGUUCUACUCACAUUCUUACUCCCACCAAAUUUCUCAUGGAUCUGAGGCACCCCGACUUCCGGGAUUCCACUAGGGUAUCUUUUGAGGAACAGGCUCCAACAAUGGAGUGAGAGCCAAAGCAAGCCAAAAAAAAGCUCCACUCACAUCCUGACCCCACAGAAACUUCUUGACACACUGAAGAAACUGAAUAAACCGGACGAAGAAAGCAGCAGUUAAAAAGGAAGAAAAAAGAAAGCUGGAGAGAGAGAGAGAGAAAUCCCUCCUCUUCCUUCCCGCUAAAACAAAAGCAAGCAGCAACAUUUCACUUCUGACAUUUCCUGCCUUUGCAGUUCUGGUGCCCAUUCCAACUUGAUUUUGUCGAUCGCUGCUCCAUCCACUUUUAUUCUGUUGAAAUCCAAUUCUCUUUCCUACCCCUCUCUUCCUAUCUGUUCCGCCUUCCAUCUUGAAGCAAAGGUAAAUAAGGCAGGAAAAGGAGAAAAAAAAUAUGCAUUGUGUCUAAAGGGGAAAAAAAUAUAUAUAUAUAUAUUCUAUAAAAUAGAUAUUAUCUCCGUAAUGUAUCUGACAAAACAAACCGCCAAACUGAAUUCCAUUUCUGAGACCCCCAUCCAUCUCAUCCUUGGCGACCUGAGAUUGACGAUGAUGAUUAUUUUUGAAAUAGUGUUUUUUUUUCAAUUUUUCUCUGCCUGGAUGACGAAUGCUCGUGACUUAUUUAUGGCUAUGUGAUCUCGUACCUAACCUCAGAUGCAAACUGUGAAUGUUCUCUCUCCUGUGUGUUGGAAUUUGCUUGCAUUUUUUCAGAAACAGACUGUAACGAUUGCCCGACCGCCCCCUUCCCUACCUCUUGCUGCUGUUGCCGGGAUUGCCAUCUCGGUUUUGUGUUUUCUUGAGUUAGUCGAUGUGUCAACGGUUGGCUUGGGGGUGCGUGUGUUGUUUUUGGUCAUCUCUUUUGAUUUUUUGGCAUUUGGAAGAAUAUGUCAUAGAGUGGCAUCUGGUUCCAGCAUGUCUGGCUGAGUCUUUCCUAGGUCUCGGUUGUACAAUUAUGUUCAUGGCUUCAGUUAUGGGAGAAAAAUAAGUGUGGAUGAUCUGUUUCCUCUUAACUUUAGCCAAAUCACAGUCCCUGUCGUAGCCUUGUGAAAAACAAAGGGACGGAUUGUCCCCUCCCAGUGUGAACCCGGAUCAUUUCUUUGGGCCCUUCCUCCCCACCCCCUUCCGUGACUGCAGCUGGUCUUUAAUUGGUCCAAGGUAUGUGAAGUUUCCUAGAUUCUCAAAGGGGCAUUUUGGUUAUGGAUUGCAUUUCUCAGCUUAAGUUGUAUCCCGCCUUUCAUCCAAGGAGCUCAGGGGUGUGUGGGCAUGUCCGUGCAGAUAGUUUCUCUCUCGUAUCUUGACAACUACCCUGUGAGGUAGGCAUGUCUGAAAGAUUGAGACUAGCCCAAGUUCACGUGAUACAGUUAUUUUCAAUGGGCUUUAAGUGUGCUAGACUCUUGCUUGGAUUGUGGCCACAUGCUGGCUCUAGUUCCAUGAGGCUUACAUUUUUUUGUAAGCCUCUCUCCCCAUUGAAACGUGGCGUGGUGCGCUGUAGGAACAAGGAAGGAACCAAACUUCACCCCAUUGAAAUGAAGGUAGAAAAGCAGAUUUGGGGGUGGUGGAGGGAGGGAAUAAGAGAAUGGUACCCAAUGCUUAAGUCAAGCCCAGCCCAGCCAAAGUUAAAUGCUUCCAAGUAUUGUGAAUUUUUGGGGGAGUGGUGGGGGGGAGGUAAGGCUUCUCUUAAACACCAUGGGAUUUCAGGACUUAAGCAUGUCCUCAGCUCUUCCAGUGAAACGCUCUGGCUAUAAAGCUUUCAGAGUUAAAUUCUGGCUUAAUGGUUUCGGUGACCACCAUGACCACCAAAUGGUAUUAGCCGUCUUGGUUUUAGCCUUGUGGCCUACUUGGCUUCUGACCCCUGUGUCUUGAGUUGUUUCUGCCAUUGUCCGAUACUGCUGCGUUGCUGGCUGUGUAGCAGGCACUGGGAUCCCUGCCCCUCUCCUUGCUUGAAAUCUUUUGGGUGUCCUUCCCACCCUCCGCCAGUGACCCGUGUGUAAUAUGAAUUGAAUAAUUGUGUCUCUUGAUGUCAUUCCAGCUUGGAGUAAAGUAAUGUUACCGAGUCCUCCUUUGCAUUUCUUUAUAUUUUGAAUUAUCAUCCCCACAAUGGUUUUAUUAGCUUACUGUGAUUUUAUCGUUCUUAGCUGUCACUUGCUCAACUUGGGGUGGUUUCCCCCCACCAAAAAACACCUGGGGAGAAGAAGACUAAAUCCUUUCCCUCCUCACUCCUGUUCUUCUUGUGGUCAUUUGGUCUCUACUCCCUUGCCCACGUUAAGUUUAUAUUAUUCUUUCCUUAGGGCAAAUCUGGAUAUCUCCUGUGUCGAUUUGCACUGCUAACUUUGGUUAUCUCUUCCCUCGUUAUCAUACAUAUCCCUAUCGCUACCCCCCCCCUUAUUAUUAAAAACUUAAUUUAGUGUGGUCUCCUUGUUUAGAUUUGGGUUUGUUUUUGUUCUCCUGGGUUAUUUAUAUAAAAAAGAUACUGUAAUAAAAAGGCAAGGAAGUGAUGCGUUGAAAAACAACCUUCUACUCUGUCGUCAUUGAUUUUGUUUUAACCUUGAAGCCUAAAUGUGUGGAAAUGUUGAAGCACAAAACUGUGUCGUCGCCAUCUCUGUAUAGCUGUUCUUCUGUACUUUCAAAGCACUUGGCAUCAAUAAAGGUUUGCUGUCCCAUC